AUGGAGACAUUGCAGUCCCCAUUAGCGCGAGGCGGUACGAUUCGCCGAAGCGGCACGCGCAAGGGGGCCAACGGCGCACCUAAGCGAGUAAAGGGCUACGACAAUGUGCAUCAAUCUCUCAAACAGCUCCACCCAGCAGAGGAUAAGGAGGGUGAGAGGUCAGACAUAGAUCUUGUGUUUGUACCAGGGUUAGGCGCGCAUCCAGAGGAGAGCUGGCAAUCUAACAAGACGGGAUUCAGCUGGAUUAAGAGCGAGGAUGGUAUUGUCAAAGACUUCCCCAGGGCCCGUGUCCUACUGUUCAUGUACGAAUCGGUGUGGGCCGGGAGCCUCAAAGUGAAGCAACAGUUCAUGGAUAAUAUCGCUGCGUCUUUACUUGUCUGUUUGAGAAGCAAGCGAAAGACUUGCAAAGCAAGACCCAUUGUCUUCAUUGGCCAUAGCAUGGGCGGUCUUGUGAUCGCAAAGGCGAUAUCCAUGGCGAAUCAGCGCCGCGACCUGUAUCCUGGAAUCUUUGAAACAACAUCAGCCACGAUCUUCUUUGGGACUCCAUUCAAAGGCCCGGAUUUUGGUUUGUGGGCAACCGCUUACGCUCGCGAGGCUGAAAAGACCGGCGACGCCUUAUCGUCCAAAUUGCUGGACUUCAUCAGUCCAGGGAAUGAGGCAUUGCGCGAGCUCAGGCAAGAAUUCACGCAGCUCGUUGUGAAACUCAGUCCCAAAAUCCAAGUCGUCUGCUUCUGGGAGCAGGAGCCUACCGACUUUACCAAGCUGGGAAACCUAGCUGGUCAUACCGACGCUACAAGGUCCCUAGUGCCAAUUGGGCUGGCUGAUUUCGUUACUGCCGAGUCUGCUGUGCUUGAUGGUGCUGAAACACAGGGACUAAACUCCGACCACCGAAACCUCGUCAAGUUUGACGGGCCAAAGGAUGAUGCUUGGCGACAGAUUGUGCGGGAGCGAAUCAAGCCGGUCAUUGUGGAAGCCCCUCGUACAUGCAAAUCUCGCCUGGCUGCUGCUGGGGGAAUAGAUUUGUCGGUUAUCAAAGGCCUCAUGGAUGCUAUAGGAGGCACACCGGUGGAGAAGAAGCGAACAGAGCUCGCAAAGAGUGUUAACCCUUCUUCGUGGCUUACGAAAGCUGCAGAGUACUCCCAGUGGCUCAGGAGCACCGACGCUCCAAAUGAUGAAACAGCGCCCCAAGAACCUUCAGUGGACUGUAUCUGGGUUCGCGCCCGAGAAGGUCGAGGCAAAACUGGUGCGACCAUCUCAGCUCUCAAUAACAUCGAGGAGUAUGUCUCCAAGCAGACUAGUGAACAGGACGCUAUGCUAUUCGCCUACUUUUUCUGCGAGCCAGCAGCAGAGUUCUCGACAGCUGAAGACCUCCUCAAGUCUAUUCUGAGCCAGCUUAUCAACCAACAACCUCGUCUCGCGACUUAUGCCAAGAUGUUUAUCAAAGGGAAGUCACACGCUCCCGAGAACACGGGCAAGUCUCAUAGAGAAGGGACCUCCAAGUCCCAGGCCCAGCCAACCGUCGAGAACCUCUGGCAAUGUCUCCAGGACAUGCUCUCUGAUGAAUGUGUCGGACGCUGCGUGUAUCUGAUCAUCAACAACCUUCAUGUCCUUCCUGAAGACCCUGACUCAACAAUCAAGCUAAUGGAUUACAUGCAACGCGCCCUUCACAAUACAUACGCCAGGCAGUAUGACCCCGAUGAGAGUAUUAUCUCCACUAAAUGGUUCAUCACGAGCAGAGACACCCAGGUCUUGCGGAAAAUUCUCGGCAUUCCCAAGGUCCGACUCGUCGAUCUUGAGAACGCCAAAUACGGGGAUCAAGUGCAAAUGGAUUUGAGAAGACACGCCAGGGAAAGGGUUGCCGCCUUGCAAUUCAAGAAGAACUACAAUAAAGCACUUGCAUACUUCGCGAGCAGUCUAAUAGGGCAGCAUGCGCAAAACAUUCAUUGGAUUGACAUCACCUGCGUACAACUCGAAGAGUUGUCAGAGACCGAGAGUCACCUUCAAGUCCGCAGAGUCCUCGAAGAGACGCCCCAGGAUCUUAGCGACUUGCUCAAUGAUGCUUGGAGGCAGAUCUUCCACGCGAGUAUUGACAACGGUCAAAGGAUCAAAGAGAUACUUCGAGCUUUGAUUCUGACUUUUGAGGAUCCAACCGUGAAAGAACUCUUCAUUCUUGCCGGUUUGGAACCGUCAGCAACCGAAGAUCCUGAAGAAGCGCUUCAUGCUCUGAUCGACCAAUGCAGGCCUUUUUUAGUGGUCGACCAGACCGUCAACUUCAUGAAUCCCGCCGUCAGAGUGCACCUUCAACAGAAUUCCCACGAUCUGCUAGGUCUAACCGACGAAGUGAUCAGGUGGGAACAUGGGGUUCUCGCACUUCGAUGUCUCUCGCAUAUCAAGGAUAUGAUCGACCUCAUAGAUAGCGAGAUCAGCUCGGAUACACCGCGAUCGGCCGAAUCGAGCACCGGAGACCAUGGUGACGAGCUGCCCCCUGUCAAUGAGACCCAGCAGAUUGAGGGAGGUAUAGAGUAUGAUGGUGCUCAAUCGGAAGAAGACAGCGGCAGGGGGGGCGACAAUGCCUUUGACAAUGGCAAUGACAGCGGGACUGAGGUGGAUGAAUCCGACGACGAUAGCCUUCAAUUCGAUGACGGUUCGAGCUCCGAGGGAGGCUAUGACGAGAUGGAGUGGGAGAUGGACGAGCUCGAAUAUUUGACGGAGCCUUACCCAGUCAAACAUUGGCUGCACCAUGGAAGCAAAGCGACUGCGGAAUUUGCCGAUGACUUGAGUGGCGAUGAAAUUUGGGAGCCUAAUUCCCCCAUCCUUCGGCGUUGGCUUCUGGCAUACACGCGCAUGACAAAAGACUACCAAGACUUUGAGCCAGAAAGCUUCCAUGCAUUGCAUGUGGCCGCUUCCAUAGGUUUCCGCCAACUAGUCACCUCUCUUAUUGACAAUGGGCACGAAGACGAAAUGCACCAGUAUGACUCGCUGGGGAAUACACCGCUUCACUUGGCGGCUUACUUUGGGCGGCCAAACAUAGUGCAGGAGCUUCUGGAUCGAGGCGCCGAGGUCGACAAACGCGAAUUAGACGAGGACACGCCACUUCACAUGGCAGCCGAGAACGGCAAUGUUGACGUCAUGAAAAAACUCAUCUUCCACGACGCGGAUCCGAACGCGUACUCGGAGUUCUCUGGUCUGGUGAUCAAUUCUGCGAUAUCAUCUGGCAAGGUAGAUGCGAUCAAGCUUCUCGUCGACAAGGGGGUGUCUCUUACCCCCGAGGAUAGUGACACCAGGUCGUCACCCUUGGCACAGGCAGCUGCAAUGUCUGACAACUCUGUCCUGAAGUAUCUGAUGCAAGAGUAUGCCGAUCAACAUCCUCCUGGAGAGUACAGCAAGGCCUUGAUCAGUGCUGCCGGUGCGGGGAGAAUGGAGACAUUCAAGGAACUCUUGUCUAUGCAACAUAGUGCCAGUGAUAUCCAGAACGCCAUGGACCGGGCUGCCAAGAAGGCAAAGUGGGAUAUUGUCACUUAUGUCUUGGAGCAACAUUCAGGGUUGAACUGCGACGAAUCGUUCUACAGAGCCGCCAUAGGUUUUGAAAACAAAGACGAUGCUCUGGAGUCUUUAUGGCAAUAUUCACAAUUUGGAAUCACAGACCGUGUUCGAGACAGGUCACUGUAUGUGGCCACAGAUCGAGAGAAGUAUGAUACAGUCAAGGUGCUUUUGGAGAAAUUCGAGGCGGACUCAAAUGCCACUGGCAAGACGUACGGCAACGCAUUGACUGCUGCAGCUUACGAUGGCACGAUUGAUAUUGUCAAGUUGCUUCUAGACCAUGGAGCGGAUGUGAACUCGCAAGACGGGUGGGCGAUUCAGACCGCGGCUAGGCAGGGGCAUCUUCAAGUCGUCCAAGAGCUCAUAGACCGUGGGGCUAACGUGAAUGCUUGCACUACAAAUCCGCGCUUUCCAGAAGGCACGGCCUUGCAAGCAGCUACCGAAGCUGGAAGAGAGGAUGUCGUCUCAUUGCUCCUGCAAAACGAUGCAGAUCCCAACCGAGGGGGCGGGGCGCGCGCACCGCCCAUCCUUGCAGCCGCAAUGUGCGCCGAGGAGGGGAUCCUCGACAUGCUCAUUGAUGCUAAAGCUGAAGUCAACGUUGUUGGCGGCAGAGACAAAUCGACGCCACUGGCUAACACGGCCGGAUCCAUUCCGGGAACCGACUCGCUACGAAAGCUCCUUGAUGCAGGAGCAGAUAUCAAUGCGACUGGCGGAGAUGGCGAGACAGCACUUAUAGCGGCAGCAGAAGUUGGCGAUGAUGAAGUAGUCAAGUUCCUACUUGACAAUGGGGCUGAUGUAAUGUAUACCACAGAGGACGGGACCAAUGCGCUCAAAGCUGCCUGUUAUUCGGACUCUCAAGAAUGCAUGGCCAUUCUCGUUGAUCAUGUUUCCUCUAUCCUAUCAGCCAUCAAACGGGCUAUGGAUUCUGGAGACAUGGCUGUUACAGCCAUCGUCCGCUCUGCGACUGCAGCGACACAAGGAUUGGACUAUGGUGGACCAGAGUCUACCGAGAACACUGCCUCCGAUGCCCAAGGUCAACAAGGAUUAUCAAUCCAUGAGGAGUUCGACGCGUCGCUGAAGGAGAGAGAGUCUUUCCAUGUUCAGAUCCGAGAUCAGAUGAGAACAUUCGACGAUGGUCUACACAGUACGGAUCAUUCCGAGGUCAACACUACGCCAGGACCCCGACAAAUAAGUUCUCGUGACGAGCUGUUCCUCGGCAACGCCCCUGUCAGAAGCCCCGAAGCGGCCCGUGAUGGGCGCGGCGGACCCAGGCCAUCCGGCCAGCAGCCCGGCUACAACCCUAGCACGUAUGACCGGCAGUCAGCUCCGAUGGCCCUUAACACGAAUCCAGAACAACACCAGCCGCAAGGUAUAUACAUGAACGACCAGCGGCCACAGGUCGGUACGGCACAGCCACAGUAUAGGGGUACUGCUUCGUACGAUGGAAAUUCUUGGUCUCAGUCCCAGCCUAGCUUUCCUAGAUACGACAGUGGUGUGAGCGGCACCGCGCCGGCUCUCCAUCAAUACGGAUCGGUGAACGGCCAGCCGCAUUUCUCGACACCGCCUGGCCCGCCGCCGAGACCACCUCCCGUGCAGCAGUCCCAGAGCUCGCCUGCUAUGAUUCAGCAGUAUCGUGGUACAGAUUACUCUCAGCAUACGCUGAAGCAGCAGUAUGGUCCGAAGUAUGAAGCAGGCCAAGGGGCGAGCACCCAACACCAGCAGCACCCGCAACAGUCCAAUAAUGCUGGUGGUGCUCCACGUCCAAGCCCUCUGGCUAAUUUCUACAGCAGAUUUCGGCGGGACUAG